CAACAGAUAACACCACAGACAUACAGCAAUGGAAAGAUCCAAAAUACCAGUGUUUAAAACACAACCAGAGAAGAAACCCACGACUACAGACGCGAUGGUACCUUGCCCCAAGAAAAUCUGCCCCCAGAAACAAGUUCUCCCGCUGUACAGCAAGGAUCCUAACAUUGCUUUUUCAUCGAACACAGCUGAAAUGGGUGUUUUCAAAGCAGUUAGUAAUGGGAAAAGAAACGCUGUACCCAGGAGAGCACCUGGUCCAAUACGUGGACCUGUUAACAGAUACAAAGUGGAAGCAGAACUCAGAGAUAACAAUCAACUGCUGCAAGCAGCGAAUGUCAGCUUACACAGCAAGUUAACCACGGCACAGGAAUCUAUGAACGAGAUGGCCGAAUGUCAAGAGGCGCUCAGGGAAGAAGUCAAGGAGCUAAAAGUGCGUUUGGAAAAAAAUAUGAUUAUUCUGGAAAAUAGAAACAUUGACCCAGUUUCGGGAGAGAGAAUUCUAGCAUCUGCAGAAGAGACCCUCAAGCAGAAAGCUGAAACCAGGCAUUUUACAGAUAAACUAAUAGAAGACCUGCAACGUUUUAGCCAGAUGGCGGGUGAGCAGAAAACAGUUUUACAGACUCUUAAGGGCAAGUGGGAAGAGGUCGACAAGGACAGAAGUCAAUUCGUUGAAGAACAGGAAGCUUUCCAGAGAGAGAUGGAACAAUUUAGAGCGUCCCUAGAAGAAGCCAACCAGUGGCUUGCUAAGUGAAGAACACAACAGGAAAUUGUUGGAUGGCAGUACAGACAAUGUAAAUGAGUUGGUUUAUGUUCUUUAUAGGUUUUCUCAACUCUGUCUUCGGA